CAACACUGGCGUACUCGCUUCUCCCUUUCUAAAAUCCUUGUGUACUCCUUCAUUGCUCAUCACUUCAAUCAACCAAGACCUAUUUUCUCUUUCAAGUUACCUUUGGUGGAGGAUUUGGUGUGAGUUGAUUACUUUUGUGCUUUGGAGCCACACAUGGUAGCAGUUUCCUUUCAUCCAAGGGAGAAUUUGUACUCUCUGUGGGUUCUUUCUGUGAGCGCUGAGAACUCGAUGUCCAGAUCACACUGUUUCCAAUACAGAUUGAAACCUGUACGAGACCCAAGAGAUGAAACUUGAUCAAGUUAGUAAAAAGGGUUGUCAAAUGUAAGUGCAUUGUAGAUGUGUGGCUCGACUUUACAUCUAUUUCCAUAUAGGUCUUCUCCACAUUGCAGGAGUAAAUGAAGUAAUAGUAAUGAACUAAAGUAUGAACACCCAUCAAUGCUGAAUAGCCUGCUGUUGAUGUGGCACCUCUGAGUAGCUUGUGCUACAAGGGUCCUUUGUUGUCUCCAGUGAAGUUAUGUCAAUAGAAAGAGAAGCUCAAGCUGAGGAAAAGGAAACGUCUAUGAUAUUCCUGUGCUUUCACCUGAUUAGGGAAGAAAUGGAUAUCGCCUUUCAUUCGACAGUAGCAUUUGGUGUCGAGCUGACUGGAAGCGCUGGUAUGGGUUGCUUUAAGUUGCUGAGGACCUGAGACAUUCAUUUAAGGAAAGAAAGUUUUGCAUUCAAAUUGAGCGUGGGAGCCAAGAUUCGACAUGCCAUUGCUACUAAGUUGAUCCCCAGUACCUUCAUAAGCUCUGUUUGGUGAAGAGAAUCAAGCCAGUCGCCUCCAUAAGUUGAUCCAUUCUUUCUCUUGAGACUGUGCAAUCAAUUUGCCUCUGUAAAGCAAGUCAAAAGGUAUCUGAAAGCUCUUCAAUGGCAUCUCCACACAGGUCUACUACUCGUCAUGUUACAUUUGAUACUCAAGACCCUGUUCUGGAUGCGGUACCUCUGAGUAUUGUGCCAUACAGUGGUCGUCCAACAUCAACGAACAACCAUGCACCCUCCUCGCAAACUAGAGAACCAAUGGGAAAUUUGCGAGGUUCCUUCAGCGCAGCAGUUGUUCUCUCCGGAAGUGCUGCGAUUGGAAAGAAUGGGCCAAUUGUGGGGUUAGUCGAUAUGGGUGAAUCUGGGGAUUGCUACUUCUUCCGUGUAGCUCUCCCUGGUGUCCGUAGGGAUACUGAUGACUUCACAUGUAAGAUUGAAUCUAAUGGGAAAGUUAAGAUAGAGGGAAUCACAACAACUGGGGAAAAGACAGUGUGCAAGAACCAUCACAAGUUUGAAAUGCUUUCAGCAAAUCUAUGCCCACCUGGCCAUUUUUCUAUAUCAUUCAAGCUGCCAGGUCCGGUCAACCAGUACCAGUUUUCUGGGAAUCUCGGUGCUGAUGGAAUUCUCGAAGGAGUUAUAAAGAAAAGCUGAGAAUUCUGUGGGUCAGAGGAAUUUUCCUGGAGUAUGAACUGUAUGACUUGAUAAUUUGGUCGUUUUGGACGAGUUUCGGAUGCUAAAACUUAUUUUAUGUUUAUUGCUUGCGUGCAUCUUCAGUUCUGAUGAUGUAUUAAAACUUCUUUAUUUUCCUUUAAGCCCGCAAAUCCAGACUGUGGGGGAAAUUGGAUUCACCAAGGUGAUUGUUUUAGCUUGUGUUUGGAUCGAUAUGUUUUCAUGUUAAAUUCAUCUAUAUCAUGUGUUUUGCACAGGUACUUUGUCUGGC